UGCCCAUGCAAGUGAAAGUCAGAACAAGCCCAGGCCCGUAAAUUAAACCGAGCCCUAAGCUUCCCCAAAGAAGAAGCUGACUAGCUAAAGAAACGCAGGUGAAUCACAGCAAGCAAACAAUGGCGUCUGGCAACGAAAGCGUGGCUUUGGAGAGAAAACGGACAAUCGUAUCCGCUCUCUGUAAAUCCAAAUCUCUUGAUGCUAAAAAGUUUUUGGAUGAUGCCGAGAAUGAUCUCAAAAGCUUGAGUGUUAACAUCAUCAAGGCUGCUUAUGAGAACAAUGAGGAGUUCAAUAAAUGGGUGAAGUUUGCAGAGAAUUUCCCAUCAGAUUCCGAGGGAUGUUCCAAGGGUCUAAGCCAGUUAAAUGAAUACUUGUGUGAGGUAGCUGUUCUAGUGGGUGGUGGAUACACGCCUACUGAUGCUGAUCUAAUCGUUUUUUCAACUGUUCAUCCAUAUGUGAUCCGUCUUUUGAAGUCAGACAAGGAUAAUUUGCCACAUCUAUUUAGAUGGAUGGAUUACAUCCAGAGUAUCCAUGACUUAGGAGGGCUAUUUGAACGGAUUGUAUUAGAGAAGUCCCCCUUUGAGCUUCCUCCUUUGCUGACAUUAAAGGUGGAAACAAACCCAAGUACGAAAAAGUUAGAGACAGAUGCGAAAAAGUCUGCUCCAAACGGGAAGGCAUCUCCAGAAGCUGACACGGAGAAAAAAUCUGACGUGUCCAAGAAAAAAGCUGCUGGGAUAACAGAAGCUGCCACAGAGAAGAAGCAAGUGCCUGAAAAGGUAGCUGAUGAUAAAGACAACGAAUUAAGUGUCACUUUAUUAAAAAUACAGGUGGGACUCAUUCGUAAAGCAUCGAAACAUCCAUCAGCCGACAGUUUGCUGGUUGAGGAGAUCGAUGUUGGGGAGGGUAAAUGUCGGCAGGUAGUCAGUGGUUUGGCAAAGUUUUGCAGUCCAGAUGAGUUAACGAACCGCCUUGUGGCAUUAAUUACAAAUGUGAAGCCUGGAAAGCUAAGAGAUGUUGUUUCAGAAGGACUGGUCCUAUGUGCUUCAAAUGCGGAUCAUACAGCUGUACAGCCUUUGAUCGUUCCGCAAGGGGCCAAAAUUGGUGAAUGUGUUACAUUUUCUGGGCAUGAAGGGAAACCAGAAGCCGUUUUGAAUCCCAAGAAGAAACAACUUGACAAGAUAACACCGAAUCUUUUCACUGAUGACAAAGGUGUGGCCACAUUCAAGGGAAUCCCAUUUAUGACUUCUGCUGGGCCAUGCACAUCUACCAUACCUAAUGGCAGUGUCAAAUGAGGGGAUGAUGGUGGUGUUUACAUUGUCGUAUGCUCAAUAUCAAACGAGGAUUAUGAUGAUCAUGGUCUUAGACGUGUUUGUAAUUGGUACUUUUUUUUCAUAUCAAGCAGACUUUUGUUUUUUAA